UUCGCCACUUGCUAAGGCUUGGCGAAACGAGGAAGCCUUACAUCUUCGGGCUUUUAACGUUCUUCUCUUUCUUUAACAACCAUCUAAGCACAUCGUAGCUUAGUCGAAGCUGAAUUUACCAUAAUAAAUCAGCUAUAGAAACGUGGCUACCAAACACAAGCAAUUCCGUUACUAAGAGUAUAAAAAGAGUUACCAGUGCAGGCAAAACAUUAGUUUUAAACAGGAAACUACACAAAGUAGACAGCAUGCAAAAGACAAUUCUUUCAAUCAUCGCCUUGACCCUGUUUGGUCUCGCCAAUGCACAAAUCAACUCAAGUGGGGCGUGCCCAAGUCCGGCAGCGCAGAGUAACUUCAACUUAACUGCAUAUAUGGGCACCUUUUACGAAUAUGCCAAGUAUCCUUCUGCUUUGGAGGGUAACUCCAAGUGCGUGAAAGCAGUACACACGCAACCAAGUGAAAAUGUGAUGCACACGGUGGAUACAUUGGUUGAUCCAACUACCAACGAAAGCAGCGAUUAUGGCGCUAAUGCCACGCAAAUUUCGAGUGGUAAAUUCACGAUUUACUUCCCUGGUGAAGUAACUCCCACCAGUUUUUCGGUUUUGUCCACCGAUUACGUUAGCUACGCUGUUCUUUACACCUGCGAACCCGCUAGUGGCAACACACAUAACACGUGGAUUUGGAUCUUUACCCGCGAACGAGUACCAUCUGCUGCCACUGUGGCGAAGGCUAAAAAUGUUGUGAGCUCAAGUGGAUUUGAUCUCUCGCCAUUGACUGUUACGGAUCAAAGCAAUUGCUAAGCAGCAGCUUCUGAUAAUUUUUCUUGAAUGCAGAAAAAUUCUAAUUGAGUGGACUGGCUUGGAAUUAUGAAUAAGUAGGCUGCUCAGUCAAACAAAAAGCUAAAUAAAUAUGAAUUCUUAACAUCUGGAAUUAGUAAAAAUAACUUUUUGUUAAAUAUAGUAUCAAAUA